UUUUUUUAAUUUAACAAAUCGGUUGCAAAUGGAAGAUUCUGAAAACGACAAAGUCUGUAAUAAUGACGAAAGUGAAGAUGAGGAAAUGGAUAUACCUGCAGAAGACGUCAAGGAAAUGGAGAAAAUGAAUUUUGAUUUUGAGGCAUUUCCGCCCUCUGAAGAAGAUAUUGAAGGAUUAGAAAAUUUACUCGCACAGAUAUUUUUACGUGCUGAAAUUAAUCGGAAAGAAUUGGCUGAUUCAAUAAUUAAAAUAAGCCCGUUUGGUUGUAUUUAUAAACCAGCAGAAGAAUGCGAGGAUGAUGAGUCUCCAUCCAUAGUUUGUGGUGUUCUAUCAAUUGUUGGAUUGACUGGCACAGAGAAACAUUUUGCUGAUGUUUCCAACUUUGUUUUACAACGAGCAAAGAAAUUCGCAACUGGAAGUGUUUUUAAACAAUUUGAAAAAUUUUUGCGGGGAACUGAUGAAGGCAGUGGAGAUCCACAAUUAAAAGCUGGAUUUUUGAUUAAUGAACGUUUGUUACAAUUUCCAGUUCAGAUUUCAGCUCCGGCAUUUGCUUCACUUUAUGAACAUCAAAGUUCUGAAGGGAUUCAAUCUCAGAACAAGAAGCUUGGAAAGGCUGAACGUCGUAGAUUAGCUGCCAACACUUGUGAUAUAAUUUUUGAUAAUCCUGAAGAGGAAUUGCUUUUUACGAUGCAACAACAUUUCCCUUAUUUCCAAUAUCCUGUUGAAUCUGAAGUAGAAAGUACAUCACGUUUUGGUUGUUUUCGACGGAAUGGACAAGUGUAUAGGCCUUAUCGUCGAGCUUGUUUACUUUCUGAAGAACAAUUUUUACAGUUUGUUCAGCUAGUAUUAAAUUCUUCGUUUUAA